UGCAGCGUGCUCCACUUUGUGCAGGAAUGAAAGGGAACAGACAGAAUGCGCAUCAGUUCAGAGGCUGUGGAUGUGUGCGUUGCGCAUGUCCGCCUGACGAGAUUUAUUCCCCGACUGGCACCGGGGGGAUGCAGUCCACUAAGUGCAGGCUGUUUUGGGGGGAGCUUCUUUUUUAACAGUGAGUGAAGAGGAGGCGGUGACUGAGGCUGGAGCUACACACGCGUAGUAAAAACCCUUCUCCCCCCGUUCGCGUUUGAGGAGAUCUCUCUUGGAGCUGGAGAGGAGAGGUCGUCCGUCUCUCUCCUCUGCAGCCUCCCCUCCCGCUUCCACCAUGGAUCUGGGGAAUAAAAGAGUCGUCGGGAUUAUCGCUCAGGUCGCCCUGCUCCUCUGCCGCGCGUACGGGACAAGCGGAGAAGAAGCGUGUGACGCCUCGCUGGUGUCCAACCUGCCGCCCUCGUCCUUCAGAAGCUCCUCCCAGUUGUCCAGCAGCCACGCGCCGGGUUUCGCCAAACUCAACAGGAGAGAAGGAGCCGGAGGUUGGUCUCCUCUCGUCUCAGACAGGUAUCAGUGGUUGGAGGUGGACUUGGGAGAACGGACUAAGGUCACAGCGGUCGCUACGCAGGGUCGCUACGGCAGCUCUGAUUGGCUGACGUCCUACCUGCUGAUGUUCAGCGACACGGGACACAACUGGAAGCAGCUCAGACAGGAGGACAGUAUAGGGUCUUUUCCAGGUAACACUAAUGCAGACAGCGUGGUUCAGUACAAGCUGCAGCAGCCGGCCGUCGCUCGCUUCCUCCGCCUCAUUCCUCUUGGCUGGAAUCCCAGUGGGCGGAUCGGACUCCGACUGGAGGCCUACGGGUGUCCUUACACCUCUGAUGUGGUGAGCUUCGAUGGCAGCGCCAACAGCGGUCUGGUGUACAGGCCGAGUCCCACGCUGAGGAGGACGUCCAGGGAGGUCGUCUCUCUGAAGUUUAAAACCCUGAGAAACUCUGGGACGCUGCUGCAUGCAGAGGGGAAGGAAGGACUCGGCCUCGGUCUGGAGUUAGAGAGAGGACGGCUACUGCUGCUGCUGCUAAAACAUGGUUGGACUUCGGCCUCUGAGCCGCGGCGUCUCGCCUCCCUCGGCAGCCUGUUGGACGAUCAGCACUGGCACCACGUCGUCGUGGAGAGGAAAAACACUCACCUCAACCUCACCGUGGACAAACACACGGAGAAAGUUCAGAUCCCUGCAGAGUUCGGCCACUGGGACACCGAACAGCUGAGUGUGGGGUCAGUCCGCAUCCUCGACUCUCGGAAACCGGUCGUCUCCCAGAGGAACUUCCACGGCUGCCUGGAGAAUCUGCUGUACAACGACCACAACCUGAUAGAACUGGCCAAACACAACGAGCAGCAAGUCACAGUCAAAGGCAAUGUGACCUUUUCUUGUGCUGAGCCCGUCUCCGUUGCCGUGACGUUCCCCGGGCCUCACAGCUUCCUCCAGUUGCCGGGGACGACGGCGGCGGCGUCCUCUUCGGGGGGCGUGUCUGUGGGGUUCCAGUUCAGGACGUGGAACAAGGCGGGGCUUCUGCUCACCUUUGACCUCCCUCUGCAAGGCGGCGUGGUCUGGGUGUACCUGAGCGACGCCAGACUCCGGCUCAGGAUUCAGAAAGGUGGACGGACGCUGCUGGAGCUCAGUGCAGGUUCUGCUCUGAACGAUGGUCAGUGGCAUUCGGCCGAUUUCAUUUCCAGACGCGGUCGUCUGACGAUCUCUGUGGAUAAAGAAAAAGGAGGCGUUGCUCACGCUACCCCCUCGUUUCCUGUCGUCACGGGAAGUCAACUCUUCUUUGGUGGCUGUCCCGCUGAAGACGAGCAUCAGGAGUGCGCAAACCCCUUCGGCGUUUUCCAGGGCUGCAUGCGUCUCCUCUCUGUGGACAACCAGCCGGCGGAUCUGAUCAGGGUCCAGCAAAGGCUGCUGGGAAAUUACAGCCAACUGCAGAUCGACAUGUGCGGCAUCAUCGACAGGUGUUCUCCCAGUCACUGUGAACACGGUGGACGCUGCAGUCAGUCCUGGACCGUCUUCCACUGCAACUGCUCUGACAGCGGCUACAGCGGAGCGACCUGCCACAGCUCCGCGUACGAAUCGUCCUGCGAGGCGUACAAACACAACGGAAACACGUCGGGACACUUUUAUAUCGACGUGGACGGCAGCGGGCCGAUAAAACCCCAGCUGGUCUACUGCAACAUGACAGAGGAGAACACAUGGAUGAUGAUCCAGCACAACAACACGGAGCUGACCAGAGUCCGACCGUCUCCGGGCGUGAACCAGCACUCGGUCCACUUUGACUACUCGUCUGCAGACGAACAGCUGCUGGCGGUCAUCGGCCAAUCAGAGCACUGCGAACAGGAGCUGUCCUACCACUGCAGGAAGUCCCGUCUCCUCAACAGUCUGGAGGGCUCUCCGUUCACCUGGUGGCUCGGGGGUCCCGGUCCGGGUCGGGUCCAGAACUACUGGGGCGGAGCUCAGCCGGGCAGCCAGCAAUGUGCCUGUGGCCUCCAGGGAGACUGUGUGGAUCUGCAACACUACUGCAACUGUGACGCCGACCGCAUGGAGUGGACUGAGGACUCGGGCCUCGUCACCCACAAGGAGAACCUCCCCGUCAGGUCUCUGGUGCUGGGUGACAUCCAGAGGCCGGAGUCGGAGGCCGCCUACAGGGUGGGGCCGCUCCGUUGUCAUGGAGACAAGAACUUCUGGAACGCGGCGUUCUUCGACAAGGAGACGUCCUACCUGCACUUCCCCACCUUCCACGCGGAGCUCAGCGCCGACAUCUCCUUCCUGUUUAAAACCACGGCCUCGUCGGGCGUGUUCCUGGAAAACCUGGGCAUCAAGGACUUCAUCCGCAUCGAGCUGAGCUCCUCCACUCAGGUGCUCUUCUCCUUUGACGUUGGUAACGGUCCUCUGGAGGUCCAUGUGGACUCGAGCGUCCCGCUGAACGACAACCGGUGGCAUCGAGUUCGAGCCGAGCGCAACGUCAAGGAGGCGACGCUGAGGCUGGACGAACUCCCUGUGGCCACGCGGGAGGCUCCAGCUGACGGACACUUCCACCUGCAGCUCAACAGCCAACUGUUCAUAGGAGGCACAGCGUCCAGACAAAAGGGCUUCAGAGGCUGCAUUCGCUCCCUGCAGCUCAACGGCGUCACCCUGGACCUGGAGGAGAGGGCGAGGAUCACACCCGGGGUUCGGCCCGGCUGCCCGGGUCACUGCAGCAGCUACGGGUCGCUCUGCCAGAACCAGGGCCGCUGUGUGGAGAAAGAGAACGGCUUCCAGUGCGACUGCAGCCAGUCGGCGUACACCGGGGUCUUCUGCCAAACAGAGGUGUCGGCCAUCUUCAAGUCGGGAACGUCCGUCAGCUACACCUUCAAGGAGCCGUACGAGCUGAGCAGGAACAGCAGUGCCCUGCCGUCCUCCAUCUACUCCGACAUGACGCUGCGAGGAGAGAACGUCUCCCUGAGCUUCAGGACCAACCAGAGUCCGGCUCUGCUGCUCUACGUCAGCUCCUACUACAGAGAGUACCUGGCCCUGCUCAUCAACAAGCACGAUAAGCUGGAGGUGAGAUACAAGCUGGACAGCAGCAGAGAUGUGGAGGUGUUGCGUAGCGGCGUGAGCAGCUUGGCCGACGGGCAGCUGCACGGCGUUACCGUCAGGAGGCUGGCGGACUCCGUGUCCCUGCAGAUUGACCAGAAUGUCAGAGAAGACUUCAACCUGACGUCUGAUGGGGAGUUCAACGCCGUCAAGUCUCUGGUUCUGGGUGGAGCUCAGGAGUCCGAUGACUUGGAUUCAGACGUGGCCAUGUUGGCGUCUCUGGGUUUUACCGGCUGCCUCUCAGUGGUUCAGUUCAACACCAUCAGUCCUCUGAAAGCAGCUCUGCUCCACCGGGACUCCAGCCCCGUCGUCAUCACCGGACCUUUAGUCCAGUCCAACUGUGGCUCGGCAGCUUCAGCCAAUCCCUACGCAGCCGAGAACACGCACCACCUGUCAGACCAGUCCGGCUCAGCGGGUUCAGGUCAACCUUUAGUCAAUGCCAUCAGGACCGACUCGGCUCUUAUCGGAGGUGUCAUAGCUGUUGUGAUCUUUGUGGUUGUGACCGGUCUGGUGAUAACAGCCAGAUUCCUCUACCGAAGAAAAGAGACGUAUCGAAACCAGGAUGUGAAGGGAGUCAAGCAGGAGGACAGCCAGGAUUUUCCUUUUAACGACCAGGCCGACUCCCAGAACGUCUCCAGUGAAAACCCGAAAGAGUUUUUCAUGUAACCGAUGGGACUCAUACUCAGUGAAAUUAUGUUUUUUGUUUGUUUUUUUUUUUGUUUUGUUUUGUUUUUUUGAGACGAGAGCGCAGACAGACGUAUCUGGUCACGCCUCAUGACACUCACUCCGAGCCCGUCACACACUUUGAUGAACACGGUGGCUCGAUGCAAUAUAGGAUGCAAAAAAAAAAAAGUCAGCGCACACAGUUUUGUCUUUGACUGUGUUUUGUGUAUAUACGGAUUCAAACGGACAACAAUUCUGGACGUAGAAGGUGUUGACAUCCUCGUCCCGACAACUGUAAAUAUUAAAAAAUGUAAAUGUUUGAGGCUGCAACAAUCUCUAUCUAAUGUCACUCUGUCUUAUUGAAAAGUUGCAGUGAGCCAGGGCGCUGGGAAUGAUUUGGCUGACGGCACUUUUCUACAAGGGCCCCGAAUGGAUGUUUGCUUAAUUGGAAGUGCAAAUGUUUGACACUUAACCGGGGCCCUCAGGAAGAGUGCUUCUGUAAGAGCUGGUGUUUGUUCAUGUGUAAUGGCUUUUUAUUAUGUGGGCAGCCUUGGGGGAAUAACAUUGUGACAGUGUGGAGCCUUGAAACUGUUUAAAGGGAAAUCUGUGUGAGUUUGGACCCUUGAACAUUAUCAGAGCGCAUGCAGCCGGCAUACAUCGGUGAAGGUUCUCAGUCGUACAGAUCAUGGUGUACCCAAAUCCCCCUCAAAAAAACGAAGGUAAAACAAAGGCUACUUAUGAGUUUUCUUGAAAACAUUUCAUCCAAGUAGCUUCUUUGGUUCGUCUUAGGUACGUCUUUUGCUGGUGUCUCUUUUUUUUUUGUUUUUGCUCCUUUUUCACAGUCACUGGGACUUAAACGACCCAAUAAAGCUCCAAAAACUC